AUGAGAGUCAAGAAGAGUUGGUUGGCAAGCAAUGAAGUCGAGCAUGCACAUCUCUGUGAAGGUGCUGUAGUUGAUCUAACAGAGUUGCAUAAUAAACACCAUACGGGAAUUGACAGAACACUAUAUUUAGCCAAGAAGUUGGACCCUGAAGUUUCCAGAGAAUGUGUGAAGAAGGUAGUGCAGUGUUGUGAUGAUUGUCAGUCCACUGAUCCUGCUCCUGUGAUGCACAAAGGAGGCGAAUUAAGUGUUGAAAGAAACUGGCAGCGCUUAGCUAUUGAUGUUACUCAUUACAGACAGAUACCCUAUUUAUCAGUGGUUGACUGUGGUCUAGGUGGAGCUGUGGCUGUAGACUGUGUCAGUCGUAGUGAAAUUAGCAGUAGAAUUGCCGCUAUGGUGCUAGAGAAUACAUUUACAUCUAUUCCAGAUAUGGCCAAAGUGUUGUUUUCUAAUGUUAAAGUUCUUGCAAAGUUACCUCAGUGGUGCCACAAAAACAAGUAUCUUUCAAAAUAUAAGAUGUGUAAGGUGGUAGUGCCAACAUUAUUCUUAUCAGGACAGGCUGAUUCCUUGGUGCCACCAAGAAUGAUGAUGGAACUAUAUCAUUCAUGUGCUUCCCCUGCCAAACGUUUAAUGCAGUUUACACAAGGUUCUCAUAAUGAGACUUGGAAGUGCCCUGGUUAUUAUCAAGUGUUGGCUCAUUUUUUAGAUGAGGUCUUCAAAAGAACGACACAACCUCCUGUAUUACAUCCUGGUGUUGUGUGCUUCUCUGAACCAGAAAUACUCUAGCUCCAUUUGCAUAGGCCAAACUUUGGUGGACAGAUGGAAGAAGAUUCUGAGAACUUGUGAUAUUCCUCAGUAGAUCUCCCAGGUAAGUAAGAAAGCUUUAUCACCAAAAACUGAGACGGUUAAGCAGAUAUUGCACAUGAAGAAGAUACACUCCGAGUUUCUUGAAGAUUACAAGAAAUGUUUGUGAUAUAUAAUGACUAUAUGGAAAACCUUGUUUUUACUGUAAAAUUUUUGUUUGAUUGUAUGUCAUUUUUUAUUUAUUGUAAUAAAUAGUAUAAAAUUUAGACUAAAGUACUGUACAAAGAUGGGAACUUGCCUGUCAUCUUUUAUCAUUUGAUUUAUUACUUUACAUGUCUCGCAUAUUGUUAUGAAGCUUUUGUUAUAUGAAAGUGGAAGACAUUCUGUACCAGUUAGCUACAUUAAUUUUCUUUUAAAUUCAUAUUUAGUGGAAAAUUUUUGUGAAACGGAAACUUUUCAAAGCCUGUGCAUCAAGGUUUGUUAUCAUUAGUUUUGGAAUCAAAGAUCACAAUGUUAUUCAAUCAUGAAAUACGUAGAGUAUUGGUUGGUUUUUACUUUUAUGGGUCAUACGUCCAUUUCUAUCAUAGGUAUUCUGUCUCCCUUUUACAACACUCAGUUUGUAUCAGAUCUUCAUCCUGUUUUGAGAAACUAAGAGUCCAGUUUUAUAGUUCUUAUGAACUAUUGUAGCCUUACCUUGUACCUUAACUAUCUCUUUAAUUAUCCCAUAAUAUCCCAACUUAUUCCUUAUCUUAUUUAGCAAUUAUAACCAUUUCUUUUUUUAAAGCAUAGCCACUGUUUGUCCUCAAAGGAGUUACUCUCAUGGUUCCCCCAAGGCAUCUGUAAGAGAGACCAGCCUAUCUCAAAGAAUUCUUUUAUAGUAGUUGGUCUCAGACAAAAUGGUGCUUGUUGGCUCAGUGAUAGAAUAUAAAUGACUCAAGACAAGAGGGCUGUAUCUCUUGUAUACUGCAACUGCAUGGCUAUUUUCCUAAUCAAAGUUUCGGACUGAGCCAGUGUUGGAUAUCCAAGGGUUUUGUUCCAAAAAAUUUGUUUUUGAGUUCAUUUUUCUUAUCAAGUGAAGUUUUUCAAAUGAUGAAUAAUGAACUCAGUGAAAAGUAUUAGUUCCGUUAAAAUUAUAAUAGGUAGGCUUAUUUUUGUUAAAAUUGGGAGCCAGUAGGUCUCUUGGCAGGUGAAAAUUAGAAUGAGAUCAUUAUGCUAUGCUGUAGGUGCCCUGCUGUUCUUGCCUAUCUAACAAAGCAAUAUGUAUUUAGCAUUAAUGCAAUAAUAUUAGACAAUUUUGAUAUUGAAACUCAUUAGUGAAUUACUUUUUUUAAUACAAUGGCGUUCCCUACCAAUGCCGAUAAACCACUCGUAAGUGGUUUAUCGGCAUUGGUAGGGAGUUUAUUGGUGUUGGUAUGUAGUUUAUCGGCUUUGUUAAGGGAGUUUAUUGGCGCUUAUGCCAUUAUAAACAUCAUUUAUUACCAUAAUUAUUGUGAUGUUUCAGUGAACAACGAUUUUUGGUUGUCAGCACUCGACUUGGAGCGGAACCCCCUCAUAGGCCGUCCCCGGUUAAUGGCGGGAGGGGGCGGUGGUUUGUGUUCCAUUCUGUUCUCAGCAGGGUGCUGAUAAGCGAAAACUGCCAUUAACCGAAACUUGGUGAUUUAUGUUGCUGAGUUUCGGUUAAUAGUGCUUCUGUUAGGUAUGUUAUGGUGCCACUACAGUGUUGGCGUCCCACCUCGGUGGUCGCGAGUUUGAAUCUCGGCCAUUCCAUUGAGGAGUGAGAGAUGUGUAUUUCUGGUGAUAAAAGUUCACUCUCAACGUGGUUCGGAAGGCACGUAAAACCGUUGGUCCCGUUGCUGAAUAACCACUGGUUCCAUGCAACGUAAAAACACCAUACAAACAAACAAUCUAUUAUCAGUACCCUGUGGCCACAAUAACCGAAUCUCUACUUGUUAUGAUGCCAUAAAUUGCCGAUUUUAUGGCACUAGACGAACGCCAUAAAACUGGAUUGCCAUUCACCAAGUCUGCCAAUAACAGAGGACUGUCUCUUGUAUAGCACACAAACAAUUUCUUACUGGGAGGCCCCAGCCUUCUGCCCCUUCACUUUUGAAACAAUCACUCAUGUGAAGACAAAAUUUCAGGAUUUUGUGGUGACUGAGAAGCAAGAGUUAUGGCAGAAAUAAAACUACAGACAGUCCCCAGUUAUCAGCGGCCUCGGUUAUCAGCUGGUUUUAUGCACUUGUUUAACACUGGAAAUUGGCUAUUUUUGGCACCGAAAUGCACUGAUUUCCAAUUAUUAGUGUUGAUGAUAGAGUACUAUUAGUGCCGAUACAUGCCUAACAGAAGUCCCAUUAAUGGGUUAUCAGUGCCAAAAUCCUGUUUUUGGUGAUUUUCACUUGUCAAGCAUCAGAAUGGAACCCCUGCCUAUAACUGGGGACUGCCUGUAUUUGUCUCUGCCAUCCCAAUAUCAGAUAAUUCUACAAAAAUUUGUCCUUCCUUUUGAGGGAAAAAUUCCCAGUGAUGUGGCUACACUGCAAUUGGAAUUCAUAUAAGAAAAAUCUCAGAUAUGACAGACAUGGCUGAAUUUCAUGUUAGGCUCCUCCUCUGAAAAUCAACUCCUGGACUGCGUAAUAAAGGCAAGGGAAAGGAUGUAGCCCAAUAAGACUUUUGGGGGUUGUCUUCUGCAGCAUCACAGGCAGUGGGAGUCUUUCCCUUGGGAAGACAAUAUUAUUUUCAAGUGGCUACGGUGGAAAUGGUACCACCAUCCCCCUCCUGUAAAGAAAAUGGUUGAUAACAUUUUUUCCUUGGACCAGUAUUCCAAAAACACUACAUUAUUGCUAUGAGAGUGAUGGUCAUACUGAGGUUAGUGGGGAAAGUGCAAUAAUUCUAAAGUCAGAGCCAUGACCAAUAAUACGUACAGGUAGUCCUUGAGUUAUGCUAUUUUGAGUUGUGUUUUUUUUUUGAAGUUACGAUGAUGAUACCAGUUACAACAUUUCGAAGUUACGAUGGCAGUACUGGUACAACAAAAUUUGAAAUUUUUGAAAUCUGGCACAGUGGGCAUAGGCAGCAGUGUAUGAUGUAUAUGUUGCCUUGAGAGUCUGGGAUGUCUGUAUCUCUUGCCUUGACCGAUCCCUUGCUCAUGCUCGCCAUCCACAGUGUCAAGUUGUGUCAAUUUGUGAAAGAUCAGCAUGUCUUUCAAAUGCCCAAGUGAGUCCUGCUGGUGGUGUGAUGAAGAAGAGGUAUAUCAUCACUGUAGAGCAGAAAGGCAGUCACAGUUAGGCUGCCUCUGAGUUACAAUAUUUUCAUGUUCAAUGGAUCAUUGUAACGUAUCCCCAUUGUAGCUAGAGGACCACUGUUUGUAGGUUUGUGUAUUGAUGUUUUCUUUUGCCAAACCCUAAUGGGUAUCUAGAAUAAAGAAAAUAGUUGAUUACAUGCCACUAUACCUUGGACCAAACUUUGAUCUUGGUGGUUGGAAUUUACUAUAUACUAUACUUGCAUAUCAUGCAACUUUUGAAGCCUUAAUUUUGAAGCUGAUUUUAAAGGGGUCACAGCAUACAUGAGAUGUAAAAUUAGUUCAUGUAAUAUUUGCAUAUUAGCAUCUUAUAACUUACAAACAUAACAAGUAUCCAUCUUUGCUAUGGAUGUUUUAAAAGUUAUGCUUUACUUCACCUUAUUAUCCAGUAAUAUUGUAUGUAAGGUGGUACCUCAUUUGUCGAACAUUCUGUUUUUUUAACUAAAUUUUUUAGAGCAUUUUGCAUGGUUUGUCUGACAAAUACUCGUACUUUGAACUGACUGAUUAUUUGACUAAUUUAUACUUGUAUUCAACGGCCUAUUGCAUCCCACAAGAAACACUGUAUUAACAUGUUUUUUCCUUUAAAAUAUAUAGUUUAAUGAUAACCAUAUUCAACAAAAUGAAUAAAAGAAUGAAAUAUUUCUAUAUGAAAUUUAGCAUAAGAGAUGUACAAAAUCAUACUUCACCAUGGUGACAUCAUGCGCAGCUGACUUGAGACUGAAUAAGGCAGUGGUGACAUUGAGGAGAGAUGGAGAAGAGAGAGUUAAAAUACUUCUGGAUGUAUGUAAAAGCAAUAACAAUUCACAUUAAAAAAGGGAAUUUCACAAUAAAUUUAACAUAUAAUAAAAUAUGAAAACAGUCAAAUGCAAUACAGAAACAGUGAAAAUAUAAAAAGUCUUAGUUGAGCCAGUGUUUGGUGCGCUGAGUGAGACAGUAUGCUUGUUUAAUGAUAACCAAAUUCAACAAAACAGUAAAUGAAAGAAUAAAGCUUUCCAUAAUAAAAUUUAGCAUAAAUGAUUUUAAAAAAUCAUUCAUCAGUGCAGUGAUGCACAGAUAACUUGAGAUAGAGGGAGAGAGCAUGUAUAUUUUUGAGGAAUAAUGAAUGAAUGGUUUUAGGUUAUCAUGCUCCAUGCAGAGGCGUAACUAGGGUUACUGGCACCCAGGGCAAGCAUAGAAAAUGACACCCUUUGUUAUGGAAUAAAUCCUAAGGAUUAUGGAUCUGUACCACAAAGAUUCAGUUGACAGUGUUACCAUCAUUAUUGAGGGAGAUACAAAUGUUUUACCAACACUAUUCUGCCCACAAAAAAGAAAUAGGGAGUAUUUGAAAAAAAGCAAUACAUAAUCAUGAAGUUCUGAACUGAAAAACUGUGGAAAUUAGCAUUGAUAAAAACAGUUUUUGAUCAAAGUUUUAAUGCACUCAAGCUUCACAGUGAUACAAAAUCAUUAGUUAUAGUCAUGGAGUUUAGUGAUACCAGCGUUAUUGAGGGAGAUACAAAUAUUUUACCUACAGUAUUCUGCAAAAAAUAAAUAAAUGAAAUAAGAUUUAUUAUUUAUAAAAAAAAAUAAAAAAAUAAAUAAGCAAUACAUAAUUCUGAAGUUCUGAACUAAAAUAAUUGGUAAAUUAGCAGUGAUAAAAACAGUUUUAGAGAGAAUUUUUAAAUGCAUUCAAGUUUUAGAGUUGCAAACUUGUUAGUUUGAGUAAUGAUUUGACUUGUCAUUCUCUAAUAGCCCUUACCAAUAAAACGACUUUCAUUAAAACUGAAUAAACAAAAUGAAAACUAAUUUUUCAGCUUCUGAAACCGCUUAGAUUUAACAUUUAGAAUGCAACAUUCAUUAUAAAGAGAUUAGAAAAAAUAAAAGUUGAUGGCAAUUAUAUUUGGACUCUGAGAGACUUUGCUGAAGUAAAAUUAUCAAUAACAUCAUCAAAGUUAAUGAGUUCUACCUCUUCAUGCUCAAUAUUAAGAAAUGAUGGGGUGUUAAGUCUAUCCUGCUCCCAUGAGGCUCUGAGAUAAGCCACAAUAAAUUUCAGUUUACUGAACGAACGUUCACAGCUUGCAGUUGAAAUUGCUAUAGUGGGCAUAAGUUGGAUUGCUACUCUUAAGUUGGGGAAAACAUGUUCAUCACCAUAUAUUAUAUUGUAUAAUGAAUUGGAUGAACUUCUCUGAGGUGGAAAUCUGAACAUCCGUUCUACUGGCCAAGAGCAUUCUGCAGUCUAAGAUUUCCUCUCAAAGUUCAUUACCAUCCAAAUCACUACAUAGAAUUCACCAACAUGUAAACAGUUUUCCUUCAUUCUCUCGACACCCAGCCUUCAAAAUUCAAAUUCCAAGGUUACGUUGUUUUAAGGACCAUCAUUCUCUCUCUCUCUCUCUCUCUCUCUCUCUCUCUCUCUCUCAAUCCUUUAAAUUAUAUAGUCUAGAAAGGAGAAGAGAACGCUACAUGAUAAUUCAGGCAUGGAAACCGGUAGAAGGAAUAGCUGAAAACAUCAUGGAGCUAAAAAUAUCAGAAAGAGCAAGCAGAGAUAGAUUAAUAGUGCCCAAAACUAUACCAGGAAAAAUAAGGAAAGCACACAGGACAUUAAUCCACUACGCACCAGCAUCGAUAAUGCAGCGUCUAUUCAGUGCGUUGCCAGCUCAUCUGAGGAAUAUAACUGGAGUGAGCGUAGAUGUGUUUAAGAAUAAGCUCGACAAAUAUCUAAACUGCAUCCCAGACCAUCCAAGAUUGGAAGAUGCAAAAUAUACCGGAAGAUGUACUAGCAACUCUCUGGUAGACAUUAGAGGUGCCUCACACUGAGGGACCUGGGGCAACCCGAACAAGAUGUAAGGUCUGUAAGGUCUAAGGUCUCUCUCAUUUCAGUUAUUUCAAUAUGCUAAUAUUUUCUAUUUUCACACAGUAUAUCACACGAAUAUAGUAUAUAUGUAUACAGUGGGUCCCCGUAUUCGCGGGGGAUGCGUACCAGAACCCCCCGUGAAUAGUUAGAACCCGCGAAUGUUUGGAACCCCUAUAAAAACGCUAAAAACAGCCUAUAUUGUUAGUUAAAACUCAAGAAAAACCCACUAAAAAUGUUCAUACUUGGUUUUUUUAAUAGUUUUAUCACAAAAAGUGCAUUUUACGAUGAAAUUGAUAAAAAAACCAGGAAUUUGGGGAUAUUUCUCAUAGAAAAAUACCAUGAAUGUGCGAAUUUUCCAUGAAUAAUGCAGGGAAACGUUCCCAAGAGAAAUCCGUGAAUGUGUGAGUCCGCAAAUCGGAUACGGGGGGGUCCACUGUACACACAUACACACACAGAUGUGUUUGUGUGUGUGUGUAGAAUACAAAUAUGUACCAGAAACCCUUGAUGAUGAUGAU